AGAGAAAGUCUGGGCAGAAACCAGAGCCUGGCCCGAGCGUGGGGAGGGGAGGAGGGCAAGGAGGAAGAGGGGUCCGCAGCCCGGGAGGAGGCGGGAGCGGGACCCAGGACCGCGCCGCUCAGAACCAGCCGCGCGCCCCGGGGUGGGGGAGGCGGCGGGGAGGAGCGCGAGGGGACGGGACAGUGGGAUCCCUCCCAGGAGCAGAGCCGCCCAGCGCCUCGUUCCUCCGCCGCUCCCCGCCCUCCUCGGCGGCCGCGAGCGCGGACCCACCCUCCCGCCGGACCUGCGACCUCCGCAGCUCCCCGCGACGCCCAGCGCUUCGCUGCCGACUCGGCGGCUCCCUCGGUAGCCCGGGACCUGCCCUGCGUCCCCUGCCCCGGGGAGCUUCGCGGCUUCCCUUUUCCUCUGGGCUGCCCAGGCGCCGGGGAGAAGCGACCCACCCUUCCCGGAGGAGAGGGAAGGCGAGGAUCGCGCCAGGCGCACCGAAACCGAGAGCGGACGAACCGGAGUGGGCAGCGCGCGGGGCAUUGUGUGUGCGUGUGUGUGUGUGUGGUGUGUAGUGUUGUGUCUGCUUCGGAAAGCGCUCCGGGGAGGUCCUGUCCCUAGGGGGCGGAGCGCAGGGGACCGAGGCUCCCGCUCCGUGUCGGGGCAGAGUCCCGCGGAGCGCCAGCGCUGCCGAGGCGGCCGGCGGGACGGCGCGCCUGGCGGCGAGGCGGGCGCACUGAAGGAAGGCCAGCCAGCCCUCGGCCCAGCGCGGCCCCGCGCGCGUUCUGCUCACGUCGGCGGACCUGCGGACCCGAGGCUCGAAAGCGCCGAGCAGCGCGCCGCGGAGCCCCGCCGCCCCGUCGAGGACAGAGCGAGGUCCUGUUCGCUGCGCGCCCUGCAGGCGCCUGCUGUGUCGGGAGCGCGCCCACCGACCCCCAGCUGCCGGGCCCGAGCGGGACAGGCGCGCACCAUGAGCGGCGGCGAAGUGGUCUGCUCCGGGUGGCUCCGCAAGUCCCCCCCGGAGAAAAAGUUGAAGCGUUAUGCAUGGAAGAGGAGGUGGUUUGUGUUACGCAGUGGCCGUUUGACUGGAGAUCCAGAUGUCUUGGAGUAUUACAAAAAUGAUCACGCCAAGAAGCCCAUCCGUAUCAUUGAUUUAAAUUUAUGUCAGCAAGUCGAUGCUGGAUUGACAUUUAACAAAAAGGAGUUUGAAAACAGCUACAUUUUUGAUAUCAACACUAUUGACCGGAUUUUCUACCUGGUAGCCGACAGCGAGGAGGAGAUGAAUAAGUGGGUCCGCUGUAUUUGUGAUAUCUGUGGGUUUAAUCCUACAGAAGAAGAUCCCGUGAAGCCACCCGGCGGCUCCCUACAAGCACCAGCUGAUUCACCUUUCGCUAUAAAUACGGCACCACCAUCCGCCCAAGUGGAUGCAUCUUCCACAGCUCUACCUCCUUCCUAUCAGCUAAUCAGCCUUCCACCACACCCGGAAACUCUUGGCAUCCAGGAGGAUCCUCAAGACUACCUCUUGCUGAUCAACUGUCAAAGCAAGAAGCCCGAACCCACCAGCCAAGGGUCAUCUUUUGUUUCUGAAGAAGGAGAGGAAUACCUACUACUAGAAGAUUUUGAAAGCAAAACGAUUCCAUUGCAAACCCACGCCGAUUCUGCAAAGUCCACCUCUUCUGAAACAGACUGCAAUGAUAACGUCCCUUCUCAUAAAAAUCCUGCUUCCUCCCAGAGCAAACAUGGAGUGAAUGGCUUUUUCCAGCAACAAAUGAUGUAUGACUCUCCACCGUCACGUGCUCCGUCUGUCUCUGUGGACUCCAGUCUUUACAAUCUGCCUAGGAGUUACUCUCAUGAUGUUUUGCCAAAGGAGUCUCCUUCGAGUCCUGAAGCAGAUGGAGAACUCUAUGUUUUUAAUACCCCAUCGGGGACGUCGAGUGUAGAGACUCAAAUGAGGCACGUUUCUAUUAGUUAUGACAUUCCUCCAACACCUGGUAAUACUUACCAGAUUCCACGGACAUUUCCAGAAGGAACCUUGGGACAGACGUCCAAGCUAGACACUAUUCCAGAUACCCCUCCACCCCGGCCACCAAAACCACACCCAGCUCAUGACCGAUCUCCUGUGGAAACCUGUAGCAUGCCACGCACGGCCUCAGACGCCGACGGUAGUUACUGUGUUCCUACCACAGGGAUGCCGCCAUCACGUAGUAAUACCAUUUCCACCGUGGAUUUGAACAAACUGCGAAAAGAUGCUAGUUCUCAAGACUGCUACGAUAUUCCACGAACAUUUCCCAGCGAUAGAUCUAGUUCACUUGAAGGCUUCCACAAUCACUUUAAAAUCAAAAAUGUGUUGACAGUGGGAAGUGUUUCAAAUGACGAACUGAAUGAAAACUACGUCCCAAUGAAUCCCAACUCGCCUCCACGACAGCAUUCCAGCAGUUUCACAGAACCCAUCCAGGAAGCGAAUUACGUGCCAAUGACUCCAGGGACGUUUGAUUUUUCUUCAUUUGGAAUGCAAGUUCCUCCUCCUGCUCAUAUGGGCUUCAGGUCCAGCCCCAAGACCCCUCCCAGAAGGCCCGUUCCUGUUGCAGACUGCGAGCCACCCCCUGUGGACAGGAACCUCAAGCCUGACAGAAAAGGUCAAAGUCCUAAAAUUUUAAGACCCAAACCCCAUGGUUUAGAGCGAACUGAUUCACAAACCAUAGGUGACUUUGCUACAAGAAGAAAGGCUAAACCUGCACCUUUAGAAAUAAAACCUUUGCCAGAAUGGGAAGAAUUACAAGCUCCAGUUAGAUCUCCCAUCACCAGGAGUUUUGCUCGAGACUCCUCUAGGUUUCCCAUGUCCCCACGGCCGGACUCAGUGCAUAGCACAACAUCAAGCAGUGACUCGCACGACAGCGAGGAGAAUUACGUGCCCAUGAACCCAAACCUGUCCAGCGAAGACCCAAAUCUUUUUGGCAGUAAUAGCCUCGAUGGAGGAAGUAGUCCGAUGAUCAAGCCCAAAGGAGACAAGCAGGUGGAAUACCUCGAUCUCGAUUUAGAUUCCGGGAAGUCCACACCACCGCGGAAGCAAAAGAGCAGCGGCUCAGGCAGCAGUGUGGCUGACGAGAGAGUGGAUUACGUGGUGGUUGACCAGCAGAAGACCCUGGCUCUGAAGAGCACCCGGGAAGCCUGGACAGACGGAAGACAGUCCACAGAAUCGGAAACACCAACCAAGGGUGUGAAAUGAAAAGACCACCUCGCCAUUUCUGAACAAAAGAGAACCCAAUAUAUAGAGAGAAAUCCUGUUUGAAGAUGAGACGCUUCUAUGCUAGCUAGAUCUCAAAUGAGCAGAGUUUGAAGUCAAGGGACCUGUCACAUGUCAUCAAGCAAUUAGGACUAUAAACGGUGCUUCGUGGUGUCUGAACAAUUUGUAACAUGUAAAUAAUGUGGAAAAAUAGUAUCAUUUAGCUCCCAGAGAGACAUUGGUCCUGUAGUUAACACAUUUGUAGUAUUACUGUAUUUAUGCACUUUUUCAUUUAGAACAUUACUUUGGGUAUAUUCCCAGUGAACUUUAAUGGAAUUCCAUUGGGAGUUCUCGGUUUUCCCUCACACUACUCUCAAUAACAAUACUAAGUUAACUAAGCUACUUUUAGAUCUGGAAAUCGCUGUUGAAACUACAGUCUAACAACAUUAAAAUGAAAAGUAGAAUCCCAAAUUAGCCUUCUACCUGACGUUACAGGGUAGUAACCAUUAGCUCAAACUACCAAGUGGAGUUGGACUCGCCCUCCAUUGCCUUUCAAUAUGCUGAGGAUAAUGUAUAUAUUGGUGUCAGGACCUAGUUCUCUGGUUCAUGUACAUUUAGUUUUUAAUGGUGGGAUUUUGCUCUAUUUUGUUAAUUACAGUGUUUUUGGUUCAUUGUGUGAAGAUUCUGCCGGGUGGGAUCUUGCACCUUUGAAAGACUAAAUAUAAAUUACACUCUCAAGUAACUCUGAAAAUCAUUGACAGCGUGCAGUAAUGACAUGCUCUUAUGCUUGUUAACGUGUAUUAAGCAUUACUUGCAGAAGGUAGAUAAUAUAAUUAAAUCAGGUACGUACCAGCACUGAAGUGCUAAUACACUGAUCAGGUUUAGACAAUGAGCUUUAGUUGUGUUUUUCUUCAUCCUAAUAAUGGUUUCCAGUGUGGAGUUAAGGAAACAGUUGACAUUCACUGUUGGUAAUAGCAACAUACUGUGAUUCUUAAUUAGACAGUAAUUGAGAUUUAUUACUCUUGAGAAUGAAAUGCUAUCUUUUGACACCAUAGUGCCCUUUCUAUGAUUUUAUUUUACUUAAUAUUCUUCUUGGCCUUAUAUUUAAAUUCCUAUGCAAUUAACGUUUUAUAUCUUCAUUUUAAAAAAUAGAUGUUAUAUAAGUGAUUCUUAUAUGUAGCACCUAUUGUUUUUCCAGUGAAAGAAUUAAGGAUUUUGUACUGUGAUUUGUCUUCACUGCCCCAGUUCAUGAAAUAUCAGAGCCUUGCUGUAAUGUGAAAUCUUAUACCCAUGGAUCCCUUCCAACCAGAUUUCUAAAACCACCAGAGGGAUGGUGUAAUUCUGUCUCACCUGUAACAUGGUCCUGUGACAUGGGUGCCAAGACCACCAACUGUAAUGAGACUACAGUUAUAUUCAUCUUUCUUGGCUUUGCCACAUACUUUAGAAAACAAAUAUAGUUGUUUGGGUUGUUUUUCUAUUUACCUAAGUCGCGUACAGUCUCUAUUGAUUUCAGACUUACUAACAGCUUUUGGGGGACAUAGAGAUGAUGGGGUGCCUGCCACUGAGACCCAACCCACUCCGUUCAGACCUCUCACUGUUGCCUGAGUACACAGAUGUGCCCUUCUGGCCCAUUGGCCCUAGUACUGUGCCUGAUUCAUGUGCUGGGUUUACUUCCCCAGCCCACAAACUAUGUGCUCAUUGCAAGAUGAAAUGUAGACUAGUAACAUUUGAUGCUUUUAAAUGUUUGCUUCAUUUUAAACUAAAACUAAAACCCAGAACUGAAUUUUGAGGUGGAUUUUUAAAUAAAAAAGAUUGUUUGAGUUUGGUGUACAAGCUGUUUUAUAAUAAAACCACAAAAUAAAAAUCUAAAAUCAUUAAAAUGUGCCUAGCCUAAACUGUCAAAACACACAACACAGAUGAUGUGUAACAGUAUACUAUUGAUAUGUUACCUGGAGGAUGAAUGUGUUUUGAGGUUUAAAACACGAUAACAAAUAUGUGAUUAAUUCAGAAAUAAAAGUCUUUUUUUAAAGCUCCCUAACUGGAGGGCCCAAAGUAAUUAUGAAUGUUUUUUAGUGUAGUUUCUCCUUAACUUUUUACAGGUUACCAUGUUUGUAGAUUCACAGCACGCUGCUUUUUAGAACUCUUACCAUUACACUGAAGAAUUGAGGGGGUGGGUAUGUAGCUCAAUGGUAGAUCACAUGCUUAUUAGCAUGAAUGAGGCUCUGGGUUCAAUCUGCAGCACACACACACACAGAAUUGAAAUAUUAUAAAAGUUGCUUUGCAAAACUAAAUCACAUUAAACAUUGUAUUAACAAAUUCAAUUAAAAGAUAGUUUCUUAGAGAUCAGUGUUUUCCAAACAUUUUUCAGGACUAGAAUAUUUUAAAAUGUUUAAUAUAUUACUCAAAUACCUACAAAAGUUGAUUUUAUCUGUAUAAAUGUAUUUCAAGUAACUUCUCUUAAUUCAUUACUAUGAAAAACAAGACUUCUGAAUUAUUUUUGAAUAACACAAAUGUGGAGUUAUAAUGAAGGAAAUCUUAGCAGUUUGCAUGCUACCAAUAAAACACAAAUGUAAGUGCAUGUAAUAACGGUCUAAAAACACAUCUCUGGAGGAGUCUUUAAUUAGAGGUAGCUGAAAUUAUCUUUCAAAGACUAUAUGAAGAUAUAAAUUAUCUUGGUAGUAGAAGUUAAUAAAUAAGCAGUCUCCAGUGUGGUAAAAUGAGGUAUGUGUUAGGAUGUGUGUUUUUAGUAAGUUUUAAAAUACAUAUUUAAACUAAAUUUAAUGACAUCCUUUUAACUCACCCCUAAAUCAACUCCAAGAAGCUCGAUUUCAGGCAGGCAUGGAAUGAAAACUGCUGGUUACCCAUGUGAUGUUAGAGAUCGGAAAUCUUUUUCCCCCACAUUUGAUGUUCCCUGUCUUGUAUUCCUUAUUUGUCACUGUUUUUAAAUUUUUAUUUAUUUUUUUGGUACUGGAGAUUGAACCCAGAGGUGCUUUACCACUGGACCACAUCCCCAGACAGGGACUUACCAAGUUUCUAGUUGCUGGGAUUUCAGGCGUGCACACCACACCCAGCACAAGAUUGUAAGAUCUUCUGUAGGUUUGAAUGCCAAAGCACAGUUCUGCUUUCAAAACUCAAAAUUCAUAUUUUAAAAAUUGGAGCUAUUUAACCCACAGCAGGUAUCACUCGAGCUAUACAAGCUGUUUUAAUCUAGACUUUAUACAUUUUUACUGUGAGCAUUUUAGAGAAUUUCAUAAAGGUACUAUGGGUGUGUCUUUGUGUGUGUGUACACACAUACUUAGCAUUAUGUUUAAUCAGAUACUAAGUUUAGUUUGAUAUAGAAAUACUCUUGUACAUUAAGGUCAUAAGUUCUUCUGGACCUUCACCAUCUACCUAUUCACAAAUUGGAAACUGAAUACCAGUGUUGUUUUUUUUUUUUGUUGUUGUUUUUAAUACUAGUGGACAGUUGUCUGCUUUCUUCCCCCCUAUAGAGAAAACAGUAUAUUUUCUAUUUUGUUAAAAUGUUAACUACAUUAUGCUUGUGUACCGUGCCAUAGACUCUGAUUCUCUGCUGUUCUCGAACAGCAGUGCCUCCUUCAUUUGGCCCAUUCCAAGUAUGAAUGACUGCAAACCUUUUGAGGCUUUACAGUGAGGUGGACUGAUCUUUCUGCCCCUGUCUGUGGGUCUUUCUGGUAGGUCUUGCCCUCUGCUGUUGGGUGUUCAGGUCAGUGACAGGGCUGUACAUGUGGCCAAAUCAGCUGGGUUUACAGAGCAAGAAAGAGACGUAUAUCCAAGGACAACAGUUUCUUGCAGUCACACUUGAUGUUCUACGUAACUUUUUAUGUGAUUUUAAAUACCAAGCCAUGAGAUGAAACGCCAUGAGUACUGGUGUCAUCGUGGACUUGAAAGCCAAUGUCAUAUUAUUGAGAUAAUUGUUUUCAGUCUUUCUAAAUAUGUUUAUGUACUACUAGGAUUUGAAAUAAUUCAGUCUGUCUGCUCUUCCCAUAGAUUUAUUUUUCUUUAGUUUCAGUAUAAUCUCCAAGUUUCUAUGAACUUAACUCAUAACAGAGCUGCUUCUCAGACGCAGUCUGCGUGAACUCUGGAACCUAAAUUCAUUGUUGAUGUCUUCCCACAUUUCAGCAGCAAAUCUUAUGUAUAAAUUUACUUCUCCCCUUAUUUUGUAAAGAUCCAAUUGUAGACAUUUUCUGCUACCCAAAUAAAAAUUUUCAAACA